AUGCCUCGUAGAUUUCACAGGAAGUCCAAAAACGGGUGCAAUCAAUGCAAGGAGCGGCGUGUCAAGUGUGACGAGACACGGCCGAUAUGUAGUGCAUGUACUGCUCGGGGGCUACCCUGCAUCUAUAGCACACCGCAUCCCCGAAGAGGUUCCCGAAACGAGGCCUAUCCGAAACCCAACGCCAAACCACCGGCCAUGCCAGUUCUGAUAUCACCAAAAUAUGAUGCCCGGCAUCUGUUGCUGAUGCACAAAUUCUCAACCGAAACUUAUAAAAGCAUCUGCGGCGACCAAUCUGACAUGGAGGGUUGGCAGGUCCUCAUCCCUAAGCUUGCUUUCGAACAUGAAUUUCUCUUACAUGGCAUCUUUUCCAUCGCCGCGCUUCACAUGGCAGCCACCACCGCGGACCCAGAACAUGUCCUAACUUACCUAGACACCGCACUACAGUGCAAUGAACUUGCCUUUGCCCCCUUCAGAGAAGCAUUGGCUCACCUGACCCCUGUCAACUGCGACGCCGCCUUUGCCCAGUCAGCGAUUGUCACUAUCAUUGGCAUAGCACUCCCUCGGCUGAAUGCUCAGCAUCGCAGUGAAUCCUGCAACAUGAUCGAAACUAUGAUGGCAGUUUUUGAGCUGCUGCAGGGAGCAAGUAAGAUAUCACAAAUUAGCAAACCAUGGCGGCAGCCAAGCAUAUUCUUCAAAUACGACUGGAGAGAGAAUACUGUGCUGGAUCCAGACAUGGCCAAUGCUAUCGCACAAUUGCGAAUGCUGAAUAGCCCAAACGAGAAUACAGACCCGGCACAACAUCGCAUCAACCAGGAAGCUAUCGACUCCCUCCAAGACUCCUUUGCUAAAUUCACCCAUGCGCCGCAUCCCGCACCUAUCAUAGCUUGGCUCACCUACGCCAACAGGGAAUUUGUGGAUGGGUUGCGCACACGGCAGCCAUUCCAGUUGUUCAUCCUCAUGAAUUGGGCAGUUUUAUUAAAUGAAUUAGGGGCCCGCUUUUGGUGGGCUAAGGACUGCGGGAAGGCACUAGUCGCUGAGUUAUUGAGUGAGCUGAAGGACCAGAAUGAGAAGUGGGAAUCAGCAUUGCAGUGGCCGCAGAAAAUGGUAGGAAUAUAA